AUGAGUGAUUUUAGAGAUUUUGAUAUCAAGCAAUUACAUGACAAUAUUUAAAGUUGUUUCUAAUAUUUAGAUAAGAGGAUAUAUAGAGCUAUGAAUGUAGCCCCAAUUAGCAAUACUAUAAUUAUUGAAAAACCUAAUACAGCUAUGUAUGUUAUAAGAUGAUUUCAAGUGCUCAUGAAUACAAAGAAUUAUAAAAUCAUGUGAAAUAACUAUAAUUAAAAUAUGAUGAGGUUUGUUACAAGUACAUGUAACUUUUAACAAACUACUAAAAAAUAAAGAUUACAUUAAAAUUAUAAGAAGAAGAAAUAGAACAAUAAUGUGAAUUAAUCAAAGAGAUGAAAUUAAUACGUCUACAAUAACCUUAAGUCAUAUAGAUACCAGUUUAUGAAUAUUUGAGAGAGUUUACUAGAAACAAUCAUAGUCAAUUAAGUAAUUUUUUAUAAAUAUUGAUGCAUACAAAAAAGAUGGAUCUUUCUAUGAUUGAAUUACUAUAAAAUAUUGAGAAGUACUACAGACCAUAAAAUAAGUAAUUAUUUUAAGAUAAAUACAUUUAUCCAAAAGUACCGUUAAAAAAAAUAAGAGAAAGGAUAUUAAAAACAUUGCCUGAUUAGAUUGUUUCAUAGAAUUUAAUACCUGAAAGAUCAAUAUCAUUUUAAUGA